AUAUAUAAUAAGACAAUACAAAAGGAGUGUUUCUAAUUAAUGUGUAAAUAGUUGCAAUAGAUAGAAUAUACACAAUGAAGGUACCAAGGUUCCGUGCACAUCGGGAAACAAAUGAUGCAAAAAAUCAUAAAGAAAUACAUAAAAAAGUACCAGCAUACGAUAUAGAUGAAUAUGGAAAGCUAUUGUCAGUGGCACAAGAAAAACCAUUACCAUCACAUCUGGAAAUCACACCAGGAGGCUUCCUAAGAAACCUAACCUCAGGAGCAAAUCAAGUACUUAACGAAAUAGCAGAUCUGUCUUCAGGACCGUUCCCAACGACAAAUGAUGGAGCUAAGAUGCAACCAUUCCUAUCAACACUGCAACCACAAGUGCCACAGGUAAUGCCGCAAAUGGCAAUGCAACCCGCAGCGGGAAUGACGCCACAAGCAGCACCAGCAAUGGCACAAAUGGCUAUGCAACCACAAAUGCCAAAUCAAGCACCGAUAAUGACAGCAGUGCCAACAUUGGCUCAACAUAUACCAACAGGACAACCAGGACCACAAAUGAUGGUACCACCAGAAAUGGCAUCGCAACCACAGGAACACGCAACAGCAGUCAUCAACGAAGCACUGAAGAAUACAUACACAACGCCGUCGAUGUUUACGUCCAAAAGCGCAGCACUCAACGCGGAAUAUACCAUGGGUAUCGUCGUAGUAUGCAUGGUAGGAGUGUUCCUAAUUGCAGGAUGCAUAGUAAGACUGCGACAAAGAAAACAACAAAAAAGCAAAAAUUGAAAGCAUUAAAUGAAUCAUACAC